AAAUCAAAUAGUCUUCUUCCAUGCCAUUUUUUUAAUCCUAAAUACACAUCCUCCAUUCUAGCUUCCUCUUUUUUAGUUGAAUCUUCUGAUCCUAGUUAACGAUCUUGAGCUAGCAGACGGGUUCUCCGAUUAUAUUUUUCUUAUGUUAUUCUCUAACUACUCUUUUCGCUUUAAUCUAUCUAUCUUUCGUCAUAUAUUAAAGGAAAGAGCAAUGUGAAGAGGAAAACGAGAGAGACAAAGUGAAAAUGAGGACAGAAAUUAGACAAGUAGAAGAAAAGCCAAGAAAGGGUGGUCUUAGAACUAUGCCUUUCAUCAUUGUGAAUGAAUCAUUUGAGAUGAUAGCAACAUAUGGUUUACAAACAAAUAUGCUAAUUUAUUUGAUGACAUUUUAUAACAUGAGUGCUGCCACUGCUACUAGUAUUCUUGGACUAUGGGCUGCACUUUCAAAUGGAUUGGCUAUUGUUGGUGCAAUUGUUGCUGAUUCUUACUGCGGUCGGUUUAGAGUUGUUGCCUUUGGAUCCAUCUCAACUCUUAUUGGAAUGAUUGUUCUUUGGCUCACAACUAUGAUUCCACAACUCACGUCUGCAUCCUGCUCUCACUUCCAACAUGUUAGUAAUGGAACAACACCAAUCCAACUUGCUGUUCUGUUUUCGUCUUUUGGGUUUAUGUCAAUUGGAGCUGGUUUUGUUAGACCUUGUUCUAUAAUAUUUGGUGCUGAUCAAUUGGAAAAUAAAAAGAACCCCGACAACCAGAGGCGUAUUGCUAGCUAUUUCAACUGGUACUAUGUUAGCACAGGAAUUUCAACUAUGCUUGCAGUUACUGUAAUUAUUUAUAUUCAAGAUCGUUAUGGUUGGCAAGUUGGCUUUGGUAUCCCUAUUAUCCUUAUGUUUUUGUCUGUCUUAAUGUUCCAAAUCGGUUCUCCUCUUUAUAUCAAAGUGAAAGCUAAAACUACGGAAAACUUGGUCAUAGGAUUGUUCCAAACAGCUGUAGCAGCUUUUAGGAAAAGAAAUAAUACUCGUCUUCCAUUGAGUGAUUGUGAUGAAUACUAUCGUUGGCCACUUGAAUCAGAGGUCUUCACUCCAUCAAUGGACUUUAGGUGGUUAAAUAGAGCUUGCAUGAUUGAAGAUCCUGAAAGAGAUUUGAAUCUUGAUGGAUCAGCUUCAAAUCCAUGGAAUCUCUCUAGUUUGGAACGAGUUGAAUCACUCAAGGCUCUUCUUAGAGUACUUCCUAUGUGGUCCACCGGUUUUAUGAUGUCUGUGGACAUGGGUGUAUUCUCAUUUUCUAUACUUCAAACAAAGACCAUGGAUAGACACAUGUUCCCUCACUUUGAAAUACCAGCAGCAUCAUUCACUAUGUUCUUGCUUAUCGCUUUAACAAUCUGGAUUAUUUUCUACGAUCGUAUUUUGGUCCCUUUGCUAUCAAAAUAUACUGGAAGGCCAAGAGGGCUAAGUCCUGUGACCCGAAUGAGGAUUGGUUUAAUAGUCUCUUGUAUGUCUAUGGCAUUGUCUGCCAUAACAGAAAGAAUAAGACGACAAAAGGCAAUAGAGGAAGGGCAUGAGGACGACCCAAAUGCUUUAGUGAACAUGUCUGCUAUGUGGUUCGUGCCACAGUAUGCACUACUCGAAAUGGCUGAGGCUGCCCAUACAGUUGGACAGAUUGAGUUCUUCUACUCUCUACUGCCCAAAAGCAUGUCCAGCUUCGCAUCAGCUAUGCACACUGUUGGGAGUGCUGUAUCGAGUUUGAUUGGAAGUAUUAUGGUGAGUAGUGUGGAUUGGCUUUCAUCAACCGGAGGUAAAACAAGCUGGCUUUCGAGCAACAUUAAUAAGGGUCACCUGGAUUACCAUUUCUGGCUGCUUACUUUUUUGAGUUUGCUAAACUUGUUAUAUUUUCUGAUCAUCUGCCGGUUUUAUGAAACUGGGAAUGAUGAGAUCAGUAGAUCACCUCAUGUGGCCGAUGAGGAAGAAUGUGAUUAUAGACUCUUACCUGAAUCUUGA